CGACCUUUCUCCUGGCAAGGGCAGGUCAGAUAGCUCAACUUCUCAGAUCAAGAAUAUGGCUAUGGCAGGACGUGUGGGGCAGAUGAAGAAUCAGGAUGAGGUUCACCAGAAUCAGAUCUUGCGGGAACUAUUUCUCAAAGAGCUCCGGGCACAGAAGCUGUACACGCAGUAUCAUGUGAAUCCCCUGCGCAAGGUUCACACAAUUACCAGGAAGCCCAUGUCUUGGCAUGAUAACUUGGAGGAGCCAGAAGAUGCUAAGUUCCUGAACCUCAUUCACCAUGCUGCACAGGGGCCAAAAAAGAAAUAUUCAGAGACACAGACGGAAGCCCACGAAAUCGGAUGGGACUCAGAACCCUUGAUCAACCCAGAUCGUCAGGACCGCAGGUUGAACCACUUCAGAGUCUACCAUGACAUCACUCUGUACAAGGCUAAACUGUGGAGCUUGGGGGAAGACGAUCACCAGAAGUAACGUUCUCUUGGUGGAGUGAACCUGCACACUGAAUUCUCCAUGUAUGUGUUACCUGGAGAAAUAAAUGCUGCUUCUGUUAAAA